GCUCAGAUGUACCAGUCUGGGCAACUAGACCUUGAAUCUGUGGUGAAGACACAGGUUGACGAAGAGAGGCUCUUGGAGGAGCAGCAACGGUGCAGGGAUGAACGCCUGAAGGCUGAGCUGAAUGGUCUCAGUGAAAGCAGUGCAGUAGUGCAGCGUCUACGAAGUCUGACGGGAGAACCUUGGCAACAUGGAGUUGCCAACUCAGGCUGA